AUGGGUAACAAUGUCACGGAAUUUGUCCUUCUGGGCUUCACUCAGAACCCUGAGGGACAAAAGGCACUAUUUGUCAUGUUUUUACUGGUCUAUGUUGUGACCAUGGUGGGCAACCUGCUCAUUGUGAUGACUGUUAUUGCCAGCCCCUCUUUGGGCUCCCCAAUGUACUUCUUCUUGGCUUAUCUGUCACUCAUGGAUGCAGUUUAUUCUACUGCUGUGUCUCCAAAGUUGAUCUUAGACUUACUCCGUGAUAAGAAGACUAUUUCCUUCUCUGCUUGCAUGGGCCAGCUCUUCAUAGAACACUUAUUUGGUGGUGCCGAGGUUUUCCUUCUGGUGGUGAUGGCCUAUGACCGUUACGUGGCCAUCUGUAAGCCACUGCACUAUUUGAUCAUCAUGAAUAGAAGGGUUUGCAUCCUGCUGCUGGGGGUGGCCUGGUUUGGAGGUUUUAUGCACUCUGUGGUUCAACUUGCGUUUGCGUACAGUCUGCCCUUCUGUGGUCCCAAUGUCAUUGACCACUUCAUUUGUGACAUGUACCCGCUAUUGGAACUUGCGUGCACUGACACCUAUUUUCUAGGCCUCACAGUGGUUGCCAACGGUGGAGCGAUUUGCGUGGUCAUCUUUACUCUUCUCCUAAUAUCUUACGGUGUCAUCCUAAACUCUCUUAAAACUCACAGCCAGGAAGGAAGACGGAAGGCCUGGUCUACUUGCAGCUCCCACAUCACAGUGGUUGUUCUGUUCUUUGUUCCAUGUAUUUUCAUUUAUGUAAGACCUGUUUCCAACUUUCCCAUUGAUAAGUCCAUCAGUGUAGUUUUCACUAUUGUGACUCCUAUGUUGAAUCCUUUGAUAUACACCUUGAGAAAUUUGGAAAUGAAAAAUGCUAUGGCUAAUCUCUGGUGUAAAAAGUUAACUCUUGGUAGAAUAAGAGCACGUCUCCUACCCUGA